AUGGCCCUCGAAGCCGAGACACAGUCGAUUGUCGAGCAAUUCGAGUACUCGGACAGCGAUGUCAACAAGGCAGUCCAGGAAUUCCUCCGUCAGAUGGACGAGGGUCUGGCGAAGGAUGGGACCAGCAUGAGCCAGAUUCCGACAUAUGUCACGGGCGUACCCAAUGGCACCGAAAAGGGUCUCUACAUGGCGGUUGACCUCGGCGGCACGAACUUUCGUGUUUGUUCCAUCCAGCUCCUCGGGAAUAGCACUUUUACCCACACCUACAACAAAGUUGCUAUCCCCAAACACCUCAUGGUGGCCAAGACGGCGCAGGAGUUGUUCGCCUUCUUGGCAUCGGAGAUCAAGAAGUUCCUUGAGGAGCACCAUACCGAGGACUUUGAGCACCACGUCCGGCGCCGGAAGACAGUCAGCUCUCCAAACGGUUUCAGGGAUGAGCACAUCUUCCGCAUGGGCUUCACCUUCAGCUUCCCUGUCAAGCAGUUCGGAAUCAAUAAGGGCACCCUCAUAAGAUGGACGAAGGGUUUCGACAUCCCGGACGCUGUUGGCAAGGAUGUGUGUGCCCUCUUGCAAGAGGAGAUCGACAAGCUUCACCUGCCUGUCAAGGUGGCCGCCCUUGUGAACGACACCGUCGGGACGCUCAUGGCGCGUUCGUAUGCCGCCCCGGGUAAACAAGGCUCGGUGUUGGGUGCCAUCUUUGGCACCGGCACCAACGGCGCCUAUGUCGAGAAGCUGUCGAAGCUGAAGAAGCCCCUGGGUGGGGAGUAUGACCAAUCGACCGGCGAGAUGGUGAUCAAUACGGAAUGGGGUUCGUUUGACAACCAGCUGAACGUCUUGCCCAGCACGAAAUGGGAUAUUGCUCUGGAAAAAGAGAGUCUGAACCCCGGCUUCCAGAUGUACGAGAAGCGUGUCUCUGGCAUGUUCCUGGGCGAGAUCCUGCGCCUGGCCAUCAUUGACCUGCUCAACAACCCCAAUGUUUCCUUCUUCAAAGAUGAGAACUCUAGCUCCAACGACAGAGGUUCUGUGACUAUCAUCUCCAAGGACUCGGGUCUGUACAAGCAAUGGGGUCUCGACACCGCUAUCAUGUCGACUGCGGAACUCGAUCAAGACCCCGAGUUGUCUGGUCUCCGCCAGGCGCUCGAAAACACCUUGGAGGUCUAUGCCCCUGCGUACGAGGAUGCCCUCGCCUUCAAGAAAAUUGCGCAAGCCAUCGGCCGCCGCGCGGCUCGUCUCUCUGCUGUUGCCAUUGGUGCCAUUAUUCUGCAGACCGGCAAACUGGAGGACCCGGAGUACAAGGAUGAGCCCAUCGAUGUUGGUGUCGACGGCAGCCUGGUCGAACACUACCCCGGCUUCCGGCCCAUGAUCUACGAGGCGUUGAGCGCCAUCGAUGGGAUUGGAGAGGAGGGCGCCAAGCGCAUCCGCAUCGGCUUGACCCAAGAUGGGUCUGGCGUCGGCGCCGCCCUGAUUGCGCUUGUGGCUGCCGGCAUGGAGAAGAACACCAGCGGCGCCGAUUACCUCGGCGAGCUGCGCUCGAACGCUAAGGCCGGCGUGCCUGCUACGGUGGAUGAGAAGAGCACGUCCGAUUAG